GGGUAGCAUUGGACCGGUUCGGACCUAUAUAUAUGAACCAUUUAAAACCGAACCGAACCGGUUUAAUUCACAAUUUUACAUGCUGGCAAUUUCACAAAGGCCCUAGCCUUUUUCCAUUCAGACUCAGCAAAACACACAUUUCCUCACUUUUCUCAUCUCACGCUCUCUCACUUUCUCUUCAAGAACUGUUCAUCUUCUCAAACCCUAAUCCACCGUCGCCGCUGCAAAAACCUUAAUAUGGCAUAGAUCCUUCUUCUAAACCGUGUAUAUUGUUCACUGAACUCUUCUUCAUCAUCUUCUUUAAGAUCUCUGAUUCUUCUAAAAAACUCUAAUCAGGUAAUGUUACUUUUCUGUUUGAUUCUUGAUUUAAUAGCUAAUGUUAUCUCUCUGAUUCUUGAUUUAUUUGUAUUAAUUAUUUUGUUGGAUUUUGUUUUGACAUGUUUUAUUAUAUGGACUGGAAAUUGGAAAGAUGGAGCAAGGAGAUAGUAGUAGAGAAGUACCACCAGUUGGGUUGGAAAUUAUGGAGCAAGAACAACAAGACACUGCAACUGAGGCUCUUAUCCCUCCUAUUGACCAUAGUAGAAAGAGAAGGAGGCCUAAUGCGGAUGGUCCCAAGAAAAAAUCUUCAUGUUGGGACCAUUUUAUCGAAUUAACUGAUGUUGUGGAACGAACUGCUGCCUGUAAGCAUUGCCAUAAACGAUAUAGAUGUGAUCCUAAAUCACACGGAACGUCUAACAUGCUCGCCCACUCCAAAAUUUGUUACAAAAAUCCUUACCUAGAAAAUGACCUGAAACAAACCAACCUUGCUUUUGGUAGUGGUGGCUUGAUUUCUGUUAGCCCAAAGUUUGAUAAAGAAGCUUGUAGAAAGGCAAUAACUCUGUUUGUUAUCCUUGAUGAACACCCAUUUAGAGUAGUUGAUGGUGAGGGUUUUAUAUUCUUAUGUAAUCAAUUAGAACCACUUUUGACUAUCCCAUCUAGGAGGACAGUUGCUAGGGAUUGUUUUCAGUUGUAUCUAGAUGAGAAGUUGCGAUUGAAAGCUUAUUUUAGGUCUGAUUGCAGCAGGGUAGCACUUACUACAGAUUGUUGGACUUCCAUUCAAAACCUUAGCUAUAUAACAGUUACAGCUCACUUUGUUGACAAUGAUUGGAACUACCAAAAAAGAAUCAUUAGCUUUAGUUUAGUUCCUAAUCACAAAGGGGAGACCAUUGGUAGAAAACUUGAGGAUGUAUUGAGGGAAUGGGGUCUUAGAAAUGUGUCUACAAUCACUGUUGACAACGCAUCGUCCAACGAUGUAGCUGUAGCAUAUUUAAAGAAAAGGGUUCAUAUCAAGAAUGGAUUAAUGGGUGAAGCUGAUUUUUUUCAUAUGCGCUGCUGCGCACAUAUUUUGAAUUUAAUUGUUAAUGAUGGAUUGAAAGAACAAGAUUCAUCUGUGUCAAGCAUUCGUAAUGCUGUGAGAUUUGUGAGAUCUUCACCACAAAGGGCAUUGAAAUUCAAAGAGUGUGUUGAAUUUUAUAGGAUUACUUGUAGGAAACAUCUAUGUCUCGAUGUUUCCACGAGGUGGAACUCGACAUACAUGAUGUUGGAUGCUGCUGAGAAGUUCCAAACAGCAUUUGAAAAAUUAGAAGGAGAAGAUGUAGGGUAUGUGGAAUGGUUUGGACGUCAUGGUCCUCCUUGCUAUACUGAUUGGGAAAAGGCUAGGGCCUUUGUGAAAUUUUUGAAAAUUUUCUAUGAAGCCACCAAGGUAUUUUCUUCAUCUCAACAAGUGUCAUUGCACACUGCUUACCACCAAUUAUCAUCUGUUUUUGGUGAGCUUCAAGAAGCAUCUAUGAACUUGAACUCUGAUUUAGCCUCAGUAGGACAUGAGAUGAAGCGUAAGUACGAUAAAUAUUGGGGAGAGGAAAAGAACAUCAAUCAAUUUCUUUAUUUUGGAGUGAUUUUUGACCCUCAUUAUAAGUUUAGAUAUAUUGAGUGGUCUUUUGAUCAAGUUCACGGGGAAGGGACCGAAAAAUCUAUGAAAAUGGCCAAAAAUGUCAAGGAUAAUUUGUUUAAAUUGUACACCUGGUACAAAUCUGCCCAUGACCAAACUAAUGUGACCAUUCGGUCAUCCGGUCCAUCAGAUAAUCAAUCUGUUGUUGAUGCUCAACCUAGAAAUUCUUCACAUUUUCUAAGGGCUGAUGCAUUUAAGCAACAUUUGAAGGAUAAAGAUACCAUUGAUAAAAAAAAUGAACUUGAGAGCUUCGGAGAGUGCAUUUAG